AUGGAUGCGGACAUCAGAGACAAACCAGCAUGUACAUUCCGUAGUCAGCUCCCCAACAUCCUCCAACUGUUUGAAUUCGAUUCACACGGUGGUGGUGAAUACAAACAGCUAGUCGUCCGCAGCACUCUGGAUUCGCCACGCGAAUGGAGGAGGGAGAAAGAGCAAGAGGCGAAAGCGGUAGACAGCAACGCAGAGCGCUGCGCAGAAAGACCACGUAGACGAACGUUUGUGCCAACACUGCGAGGCAGAGGUGCAGGAGCCACAGUCGAAAGGUCUGUACAAGUGGAGAGGGAGGAGAGACGUGGAAAGACUGCUACUGGGAGUAGCAGUGGCGGGAGACUGGAAAAAGACGGACCAGAGGAUGGAUUGGAGAUCGACGCCUGCGGUGGAGGAGGCGGAGUAAGAAUCGGGUUUCCGGAAGUGUGGAACUGUGGAAGAGGUAGUGGUGGUGGUGGUGGUGGAGGCCAAAUCUGGAGGGAGGAAGUGGUCAUAACGGUCAUCAAUCUUCACCUCCAAAUUUCUUACUGA